AUGGCCAUGCAACAUCCUCUUUCCCUUCCUCAACUGUCGCAUGAAACGGGGAGAUUUUCUCGAGCCUUAUGGAAGGAGAAUCUGGGCAUUCAAGAAGAGAAUCAAAACCUUCAGCAAAAAAACAAAGCUUUUCAUAUGGAGAACAAAGCCUAUUAUCAGGAGAGGAAGUGGGAACAGAUUAAAAUCCUUCAAGAGAAGCACAGGGACACUUCAGAGGAAACAAAACACCUCGAGAAACAGCAAAAGGCCCUUAACAAAAAUAAAGCCCUCAGAGAAGAGAUUAGGACUCUCAAAGGAUAAGAAUGAGCAUUUGAGUUGAAGGAAAAAGCUUUAGCUUUAUGGGAGAAACACAAAGCCUUCAAGGACCAGCUUAAAGCUUUUCAAGAGGACAACAAAAUCAUUCAGGUAGAGAAGAAAGCUCUUUGUGAAGAAAAAAAUCCCUCAGUGAGGAGAAAUUUCCUCUCAGUGAAAAAACAUGGCCCUUCAAAUGAGAAAAAGGCCGUAGGAAGUCAGGAGAAAGCUCUCCAAGAAGAGCACUAAGUCCUCCAUGAAUGGAACAAGAUACUUCAAGAGAAGGAAAGAAGUAAUAAAAGUAAAGAAUCAGAUGCUUUGGGAGAUUUAACAGAAAGAGUGAAGAGUUUACAAAAACAGUAA